UCAGACGACAUCAGCGAGCAUACACGCCGCAAAAUAAUUGACGAUCCUGGAUCUGGUCACAAACCAGUCAUUGCUAGUAUUACCAUCGGCAGCAAAAGCAUGACAUGGAAAGUGCCAACUAAGCUAUCAUGGAACUUCAAGAAGGCUAACUGGCCUAGAUUCACAAACCUCUUAGACAAUGAACUUCACACAAGUCCCCUCAACUUCAACCAACAUCCUGACAAACUUAGCAAUGAUAUCACGAAUAUUAUGAUCAGAUGUGCAAGGAAAACUAUUCCCAGAGGCAAGACUAAACACUAUCGAGAAAUCAAACACCACUCCAGAGCAAAUGCCUCGACGUCUUCAGGAAAUCAAACACCCCUCCAGAGCAAAUGCGCUCCGGUCUUCAGGAAAUCAAACACUCCUCCAGAGCAAAUGCGCUCCCCCUUCACGCACCCAACUGCUCGACUUCUUCAGGAUGUAGUGUGUUGCACCCAACUGCUUGACUACUUCAGGAAGUCAAACACCCCUCCAGAACAAAUGUGCUCACUGGCCUUUGAGACAAUCAAUGUCAACUAUCCUGGAGAUCAAUGGCUCCAGGUCUUCACUGAGGAAAGCCAAGGAAACGUUGGUGCAGGUGUCUAUUCUGAACUCUUCCCAACGUUGGUGCACUCUUCACUGAUGGGUCAUACAAAGAAAACCAAGCAAACAUUGGUGCAGGUGUCUAUUCUGAACUCUUCUCUUUCUACGCAGCAGCGGGACACAAUCGAUCCGCCUUUGAAGGAGAAAUAG